GAGGAAGCCACGCUCUACAGGCCGGGACAAAGCCCUCGCGUCCUCCUCGCGUCGCCAUGGCAACGCGGCAUCGGGGCCGGCCCGGAUUGGCCGGGCCCUGCGCGCGCGGGGCCUGCUGGGAGAGCACGUCCUCGCUGCAGCUCGGCCGGUUUGAACUUGGCGGGCCAGAUGCGGGCUGUGGGGCGGUGGAGUAUUGCUUCUUCCCCUCCCGGCAUCCUGUUCUCCGCGGACUGCAGUUCCGAGUCUCAGCCCUCCGUGGCCUCCUUCUCCGUCCUCAUGACGGGUCCCCGGGGGCAGAGGCUGGGGGCGGUGGCAACGUCUAUCUGUUCGUCGCCGCCGCCUCAGAGCUGCAGCAAUUCCACCAUGUCACUGUUGUCUCCCCUUGGCCACCAGAGCUUCUCGUUUGACGAUGAACAUGGUGACGGAGAGGAUGAGGAAGAUGUGGACGAAGAUACCCAUGACGUAGAGGCCGAGGUGUUGAGCCUGAGAGGAACGGAGUUACCGGGGCGCGCCAGCAGUAAAGUUGAAUCAGAAGAUAACCAAGAAGAACAGAAACAGGUGCACAUAGGAGAAAGCAGCCUGACACCAUGGGAGGUGUGGUUUGUUGGCAAAGAAAAAGAAGAACGUGACCGGCUGCAACAGAAAGCUCUAGAGUUGCAGGUAUACGUUGGUGAGCAAGAUCUUUGUCAGUGUCCUAAUGAAACUUACAGCCAAGCAGUAAUACCUGUUAUUGACAUUGAACAGAAAAGGAAAGAAAGAGAACAAAAAAUGAAUAAAGAAAUGGAGGAGAAAGCAGCAAAAGAACUAGAAAAAGAACAUUUGCAAGAAAAAGCAAAAGAAAAAUAUCAAGAAUGGUUAAAGAAAAAAAUUGCUGAAGAAUGUGAGAAGAAGAAGAAAGAAAAGGUAUUUUUAUUAAAGUAG